GCUCCCGUGGCCUCUGGAGUCCUCAGGGGCGAGGGAACGACCCUCUCCCGGGCCUCCCGCGUGGCCUCCCAGGCUGGAGUCCCCGGAGCUCAAUUCACAACAACCGCUCAACCGCCCGAUGAUUGGCCAGAACGCAGGCUCGGCGGAGCCGCCGCUGACGUCAUCCAGGAAGUCCCGCCCGACUUCCGGACCGCCACUGUUGCCAUGGCAGCAAGGGAGUGCGGCGCGUGUGCGGCGGCGCUUCCGGGAAGAUGGCGGCCGCGCUAGCUGCUACGGAGCCAGUGACAGCCGCGGCGGCGACCGCUGUGUCCAAGGUGAAGGACACAGAGGAAGAAGAAGAGGAGUCGUCGCCGCCGUGCGAGGCGGUGCGCUGGGCCCCUGUAGGGGCGGUGGCCGAGGCCGGGCCAGGGGCUGUCGCGUUCUCGGAGGCGGCCGAGGAGCCUGGGGCCGCCUCAGGGUCUCCUCCCGACUCGCCGAGCCGGGCGUUGCGGCGGCUGCGGGCCGAGCGGCGGAGGCUGGACUCGGCGCUGCUGGCGCUGUCCUCGCACUUCGCGCAGGUGCAGUUCCGCCUUCGUCAGGUGGUGCGCGGAGCGCCGGCCGAGCAGCAGCGCCUCCUGCGCGAGCUCGAGGACUUCGCCUUCCGCGGCUGCCCGCACGUGCUGGGCGACGAGGGCCCCAGGGACGCCGCCUGCGACGAGGACGAGGGCGACGGGCCGCCCGGGCAGCGGCCGCGAGUGCGGGGCGAGAGCCGGGGCUUGAGCGAGCAGGAGCGCCGGGAGCGCCUGGAAAGCCAGCGGGAGAGGCAGAAGGGGCUGAUCCUGCAGCUCAAGAGCCAGCUCGAUGACCUGGAGACGUUCGCCUACCAGGAGGGCAGCUACGACUCCCUGCCACAGUCCGUGGUCCUGGAGAGACAGCGGGUGAUCAUAGAUGAGCUGAUAAAGAAACUGGACAUGAACCUGAACGAGGACAUUGGCUCGCUGUCCCCGGAGGAGCUCCGGCAGCGUGUGGAUGCAGCCGUGACCCAGAUCGUCAACCCGGCCCGCGUGAAGGAACAGCUAGUGGAGCAGCUGAAGACGCAGAUCCGCGACCUGGAGAUGUUCAUCAGCUUCCUCCAAGAUGAAGCAGGAAGCCCCUUACAGACCGGCGGCAGACCCUGCGUGUGCAAGGCUGGUGGAAGGCCAGUGGGUGGCUGCAGCGGACCGAGCAGUGGCCAGGGAGCCCCAGGAAGCAGCUCAGAAAGAGCUGCUGACACAAAGCACAGCCGGGAGACGGGGCUGCACCUGCUGCGCCGGGCGUUGGCUGUGCUGCAGAUCUUCGCCGUGAGCCAGUUUGGCUGUGCAGCAGAGCACAUCCCGCCCAGCCUGUGGCCGAGGGGCCAGGCAGAGAGGGACUAUGCCCCCUUGCUGAAGCGGCUGGAGGUGUCAGUGGACAGGGUGAAGCAGCUGGCCCUGCGCCAGCAGCCCCAGGACCACGGGGUCACCUCUUCUGGCCUCCAGGACAUUGCCCCAGGGGCCAGGGAUGAGCUGACCACCGUGGUACGAAAGGAGCUUACGGUGGCCAUGCGGGACCUGCUGGCCCACGGGCUGCACGCCGCGUCCCCUGGGGCGAGCCUGGUCCUGGCGCCACUGGCCUGCCUGCUGCCCACCCUGUCCUCAGGCCCCCAGGCCAUGCACCCCUGGGAGCUCUUUGUGAAGUACUACCACGCCAAGAACGGCCGUGCCUACAUGGAGUCCCCUGCCCGCAAGCUGUCCCAGGCCUUCGCCCUGCCUGUGGGCGUGGGCUCCACGGUGACCCCCAAGCAGAGCCUGCUGAGCGCCAUCCACCUGGUGCUGACCGAGCACGACCCCUUCAAGCGCAGCGCAGACUCCGAGCUGAAGGCGCUGGUGUGCAUGGCGCUCAAUGAGCAGCGCCUCGUGUCCUGGCUGAACCUCAUCUGCAAGUCGGGCGCCCUCAUCGAGCCGCACUACCAGCCCUGGAGCUACAUGGCCCACACCGGCUUCGAGAGCGCCCUCAGCCUGCUCAGCCGCCUCAGCAGCCUAGAGUUCCACCUCCCCGUGGACCUGGCGGUGCGCCAGCUUAAGAACAUCAAGGAUGCUUUCUGAUGGCGGGAGGGCGGAGCCGCGUGCCUGGCUCCGCUCUCCGUGAUGGCCUGCAGAGCCAGGGACCAGGGUCAGAGCCACGUUUCCAUGGAGAUGGUCUUGCUGGCAGGAGGUGGCUCUCACAAUGCACUGGGGAGAGCGCCUGGGUGUGGCCCAUGUCCUGUGAGCUCCCCAGACAGGACAGACGGGAACAGACCGGAGACCCCUCCUCAGUCCAGCCCUCAGCCCUCGGUGUGUGCGGCGCCUGUGCAUCCCAGGCUGCGACUGCUAGGCACCACUUGUCCUGGAGCUGGACAGUGGCACGGGUCUGGUGGCCUGGCAGGUACUGCAGUGGGGACGCGGACUCCAGAGAGCACCUGUGCACCCUUCGCUGCGGCCUGUGGGUCGUCAGCCCCCCGGCCCAUGCAGAUGGUCCCCGCCCUGCUUGCUUUGUGCACUUCGAUGUUGUACGUUUUAACUUAAAUUGUAAUCAACAUGUUCCUUAUUUAAGAUGCGUUACUGCUAUUUUAUUAGAAUUGGUCCUCUGCGCCUGUAGACAGGGCAAGCUUAGGAGUCGGGAUGUACCCGGGGCAGAGCGCUUGUCUGGUCCAGUCCCCAGGACCACAAAACAUAGUGUGCAGUGUGAAAAUGAGACAUUUGUGAUUGCCAGUAAAGUCUCAGCAUUUGUGUAGCCACUGUGCGGAGCGUGGAGCCCUGGGCUCUGCUUCCUGAGUCUGUCCGGCCUCGUCCCCAUCUGAUGCAGGUCCUGCAUCCGCUAGAGCUGUCUGCUCCCUCUGCUGUGGAUCCACUCAGGCCUGGCAGUGGCGUGUGUGAGUGUGUGUGGCUUUCUGCUCUUGCCUACCAUCCUGUACACAUUGCUUUCCUGUCUGCGGAACACAGCGCCCAACACCCACAGCUUAGAGGAGCAGAAGCUUCAUGUGGCUCAAGGUUGCCAGGGAUUCAGUCUAUGGUCCCGAGCCAGCUCCAAGAAGGCAAAACAUGGCCGGAGGGGCCAGCUCCCGAUGGGGCUCCGCGGCCACACCUCCGGGGCACACCCUGACACAUGGAGUCUGGCUUUGCUGAUCUCUAGGCCGCCCCCAGGCCAAUCAGGCUGACACGGUGGACCGCCACACGUGCUGCUCUUGGGACUGGCACAUUUAGGGCGCUGGAAACUGGUGUCUUGCCGGGCUGAAGUGGUAGGCACAGCCCCGGGCUUCUGAGCCCUGGUCCUU